AUGUCUAGGCGCAAGCUGCUGCAGGAGCUUCUCGCCUCCACUCGCCAGCCCGGUCUCGGUGGAAGCGCCAGAGCCCCGAGGCCAGCAUCAGCAUCAGCAUCAGCAUCACUACCACCACCACCAUCAAGGGGAAUAACGUCGACAGUACCGUCACGUAGCGCACGCUGCAACUUUUCGACGGUCCUUCCUCUGCCCUGCGCGCAAGUCCACAGCGUCAAUGAGCUUCCCGACCGCACGAUUCCACGCUACCUUCAGAGCACGAAACCCGGCUCGUCGUUGCUGUCGCUCCACUGGCCGCGGCCACCUCGCAACCUACUCCUUGUGCAGAAGCUCUACGCACCUGAUGUGACUGAGUCUGUCAUCAAGUUUGCCAAACACAUCCGCACCGACUACCCAGAUGUCAAUCUCGUCGUGGAGCCGCGCAUUGCGGCCGUGAUUCGCGACCACCUCGCGUUCCCCAUCUACGUCUCCGACAGUCGGUCCGAUGUUGCGGGCAAAAUCGAUGUCAUUGCCACUUUUGGCGGCGACGGAACGGUCCUGCGAGCAGCAAGCCUGUUCAAGCUCCACGGUUCUGUGCCGCCAAUCUUGUCCUUUAGCAUGGGCACGCUGGGCUUCCUCGGGGAAUGGGAUUUCGACGAGCACAAGAAGGCAUGGAGGGAAAUGUAUAUGAGUGGGAGCGAUGUGGCCUCGGUACAGGAUGCUGCCGUGCCCAUAGACAACGGGAGAAACGAACGCUUCGUGACGGCGAGAAGCCUGGCCGCUGGUGUGGGGUGGGAGAGGCUGCGCGGCAAGCGUCAGGGCGUUGGCCGGGCAUCCAAGAUUUUGCUGCGACACCGUCUCAAGGCCGAUAUUUUUGAUCGCUCGGGGGACAACAUCAACCACAGGGUGUCUGAUACACUGGCCAGCGAGUACGAAUCCAGCAUCGCGGGAACGCAGGAGCCGUCGCCAUCUCUCCGUGCCAUCAACGAGAUAUCCGUCCACAGAGGAUCUCACCCGCACCUGGCCAUCAUCGAUAUAUACCAAAAUGGUCACUUCUUGACAGAAACCAUUGCAGAUGGUAUUCUCAUCAGCACGCCGACUGGCUCAACGGCAUACAGCCUCAGUGCCGGCGGGCCUAUCGUUCAUCCACUGGUUAAGUCACUCCUCAUCACGCCCAUAUCCCCCUGUAGUCUGAGCUUCAGAUCACUGGUGCUUCCGCUCGAUACCAAAGUCACGCUGCGAAUGAGCUCAAAAAAUCGAGGCCGCGAGCUGGAUCUCAACAUUGAUGGGAAACGAUGCGCGGGCGUCUUGCCGGGUUCGGAGAUUCGUGUCGAAGGCGAAUUUGUCGGCAGAGCCGGGCCGGGGGAAGAGUGGCACGGCGGCGUGCCAUGUGUCAUCCGCACAGAGGAUGACGAUCCGUGGGUGGGCGGGCUGAAUGGGUUGUUAAAAUUCAAUCAUCCGUUUGGCAGGGAGCCGCCGAGCGAUGAGUUUUCUGACUAG